GGCCUCACUUUUCAACUCAACACUUAAUUUUGCAGUCUACAAGUCCCACAUCGUCUAGAAUAUUAGACAAACCAGUCUAUAUAAACGUCUCACAGACAAGUCUGUUCGCCGAGUUGUGUAACGUCAGCUUGUGACCCGAGUGGGGGCAUCAUGGUGAUGGAACAAAGUUUAGGUUUCACUGAGUUGGAUUGGUAGAUGCAUAAUGUUGCUUGCCCACUCCAAGUUGAGAGUUGAGCUAAGGAAUCUUUGCGAAGGCAAAGGUCUCUUGGUUCCUAGACAGGAGGGCACAGCGUGAGGCUGGUUUCACAGAGCAGCGACAACCUCCGGUUCUUGACAGUGGAAGGAUCACAGGCUGCUGCAUCUCCACACCACUGAGCUUGGAAGAUUUGGAUUGCAUAAAGGGCAGAUAAAAGAUUGCAUGCAGUGAGCUUAAACAAUUGAGCUAUUGGAGUUGUUGCCCUUCCUGAAUCAGAUGCGGGAAGUGGAGUUGCUCAGCUAUAUCCUACUACAGUUUCAUUUGACCAAGUGACCUCGCCACUGCCACAAAUUAACCACCAUACUCAUUACUCGCUCCACAAAAACCAUGAAAACGAUGAAGGGAAUUGAUUUGCUAUGUCCUUCCUCAGCUUCCACAGCUGUAACUUCUAGCCUGCAGCACCGUUCUACGGCGCGUGGAAGGACCAAAAGCUACGACCAUGACGGAAGGAAAAACCAACUCUGUGUACCUUGUUCAUCCCAAUUGCCCUUAACUCCUAAGCCUCAGUCGGAGAAGCACAGAAAGAGCUCGGCUGAUAAGGGUAACAGUGACACGCGUAGAAAAAGUUCUGUUGAUGUUAAUGACCUAUAUACUCAUGCCAGUGCUGAGCGUUCAUCCAGAAGAUAUCUCCUUGCUGACGCGCCAUUCAUUGAGUGGGUAUCAGAGUCUAAUAAAUUCACACAAAUGGUUCCUUCUCAACAUGAUGUCGAAGACAGGCCCAUGGUUAUCAAAAGAAACCAUGCUCCUACUCUUCGCUCCUCUUCUUCAGCUCGCUCCAAGGACCAGGUCGUGGUUUUGAGGGUGUCGUUGCAUUGCAAGGCCUGCGAAGGAAAAGUUAGAAAACAUAUUUCAAAAAUGGAAGGAGUGACAUCAUUCAGCAUAGAAAUGGAGACAAAGAAAGUGACGAUAAUCGGAGACGUGACACCAAUGGGGGUACUGGCGAGUGUAUCCAAGCCUAAAUCAAAACACACAGCUGCUUAGGAGACAACGUCUGGCAAACUUUUGAAAGAAGAAAAGGGUAACGUGUAUAGCUUUAAAAUGUAGCCGUGCGCCUAAGACCCACGUUAUCUCUUGUUCCUGCUCGUGGGGUUAACUAGUAUAUAUAAAUGAAGUAAGUAUGUGUUGGUAGAAAGUAAAGAAAUUGAAAAUAAUUGUGAUUGCAAACCAUUUUGAAGCUAAACAAGCUCAUUCAGUGUAUAAAGAGAGAAGGACAUAUGAGAAACCUUGAGGCUAAGCACUUGGAAAGCAAUAAUGGGUAUACGUUUGUCCAAGCACUUGGAAUGCACUUUGUUGGGGACACAAGUAACAGGGUAAUGCAUGCCAGACAGUGGUAGCAGAGAGCACUGAAGACCAGCCUGGUCUGUUUGGAAGCAUUCUCUUUGGAAAACUAAUGGUUCUAAGGUUUUCUUUUUGAGCUUCUGAAAGCACUUAGAGUUGGUUAAUGUGACAUGAUGCAGGUCCCGUUGUUGAAGGGUUCGGUUUGCUUUUGUUGUUUUUGUUAACAUUGUACAUUCUAUAUUCCCUACAAGUAACCUAAUCAUGAGAGCAUAGUUCACUUUUAUGGU